AUGAUCCCUCAGCCAAAUCGAGAUCAGGCCCUCCUGCGAUCCUUCCUCGGCAAUCUCUCCAGGUCAUGCUAUUGGUCCAGCUUCAUUCGCCCUCUCAUCUUCCUCAUCCUCACCUACCAACUCCGACACCAUUAUCCUACCGCUCAGUCUUCGGCCAAGAAGCUACUUGAUCAGCUCCAGCUCCCCCAUCCACCCAUCCCUCCCCCCAAGUGGGGCAGAGUUGGGGCGCUCAGCCGGCGCACCAGCAGUGCAGGCGCCACAUUGGCGCCACUGGGGCUCAGUGACGCCCCCUGUCAUGAACCAGGGCGCCACCGGGACGCCCCCAUCUGGCACCCCUAUGCGGCGUAG